AAGUUUUAUCUUGCUUCAAGCUCAAUAUUGCAAUUCAGCAAGUCUUCUAGACUGUUUCAUUAGUUUGGAAAUUCUCUUCUUAUCAAAAUGCGUGAGUGUAUCUCUGUCCAUGUCGGCCAAGCUGGUGUCCAGAUGGGCAAUGCCUGUUGGGAGUUGUACUGUUUAGAACAUGGUAUCCAACCUGAUGGUCAGAUGCCUUCUGAUAAAACUAUUGGUGGUGGAGACGAUUCCUUCAACACUUUCUUCAGCGAGACUGGAGCUGGUAAACACGUCCCAAGAGCUGUAUUUGUUGAUCUGGAACCAACAGUCGUGGAUGAAGUCCGAACUGGUACCUAUCGCCAGUUGUUCCACCCCGAACAACUCAUCACCGGAAAAGAAGAUGCUGCUAAUAAUUAUGCCAGAGGUCACUACACCGUGGGUAAAGAACUCAUCGAUUUAGUUCUGGAUAGAAUAAGGAAACUUGCUGAUCAAUGUACUGGUCUUCAAGGUUUUCUCAUCUUCCACAGCUUCGGAGGAGGAACUGGAUCUGGUUUCUCCUCACUACUCAUGGAAAGAUUGAGCGUCGACUAUGGAAAGAAAUCCAAACUUGAAUUUGCCAUCUAUCCAGCACCCCAGGUUUCUACUGCCGUGGUAGAACCCUACAACUCCAUCCUUACAACUCAUACCACAUUGGAGCAUUCCGAUUGUGCUUUCAUGGUAGACAAUGAAGCUAUCUACGAUAUCUGUCGUCGAAACCUCGAUAUUGAACGACCAACAUACACCAACUUAAACCGACUCAUUGGUCAAAUCGUCAGCUCCAUCACCGCUUCCCUCAGGUUUGAUGGUGCCUUGAACGUCGAUUUAACCGAGUUCCAGACCAACUUGGUACCAUACCCACGUAUACAUUUCCCUCUGGCUACCUAUGCCCCAGUCAUUUCUGCCGAGAAAGCUUACCACGAACAGCUCUCAGUAGCUGAAAUCACCAACGCCUGUUUUGAACCCGCAAACCAAAUGGUCAAAUGUGAUCCUCGUCAUGGUAAAUACAUGGCAUGCUGUAUGUUGUACCGAGGUGAUGUUGUUCCCAAAGACGUCAAUGCUGCCAUUGCAACAAUCAAAACCAAGAGAACCAUCCAAUUCGUCGACUGGUGUCCAACUGGUUUCAAAGUGGGUAUCAACUACCAACCACCAACUGUUGUACCAGGAGGUGAUUUAGCCAAAGUUCAAAGAGCUGUCUGUAUGUUAAGUAACACUACUGCUAUUGCCGAAGCUUGGGCUCGUCUUGAUCAUAAAUUUGAUCUCAUGUACGCUAAGAGGGCCUUCGUCCAUUGGUAUGUCGGUGAAGGUAUGGAAGAAGGUGAAUUCUCUGAAGCUAGAGAAGAUUUAGCUGCUCUAGAGAAAGAUUAUGAAGAGGUUGGAGUUGAUUCUGUUGAAGGUGAAGGAGAAGAGGAAGCCGAGGAAUAUUAGAUUUUGGAGUCAACUUGAUUAUUUAUAUAUUUAUCUAUUAAAUCUAUCCUUAUAAAU